AUGGAUGCGACCCACUCGUUUAUUUUUGCUGAAUUUAUAAAGAGGUUAGAACUUGUGUCAUCUACAUUGAGUAGAGGGAUCAUGAUUGAUACUCAUUCUAUGGGAUCAAUGACCACUUCUUUAGUAUGCUUAAAUUGUUCUCUAUCAAUUUUGUGCCAAGAUUUCACUGUGGAUUUAAUCUGUCUACCACUCAAUGAGUUGGAUGUUAUUUUAGGGAACUGGCUAGAGUUCAAUCGUGUUUAUAUUAACUGUUACAUCAAGACGUUGUUGUUUCUUACUCCAGAAGAAGAGGAGUUGGCUGAUUAUUUAACAACUAAAGAAUUAAGAGCAUUGUUGGAAGAUGAAUCCAAAGUGUUUGCGAUGUUUGCCUCACUAUCUAUUAUGGGCAAGACGCUGAUCAAUGAUUUGCCUGUGGUGUGUGAAUUUCCAGAAGUGUUUUUGGAUGAUGUUUCUGAAUUAUCCCCGGAGCGGGAGAUUGAAUUCACCACUGACCUUGUUCCUAGUACUAGAUUGAUAUCUAUGGCACCAUAUAGGAUGUCGGUAUUGGAGUUAGUAGAACUGAAAUUGCAACUGGGAGAGUUACUUGAUAAGAAGUUUAUUAGACCCACUGUUUCACUGUGA